CAACAACGCGCUCGGUGCCCCAGUGUCCACUAAACAAACAUUUUGCUUCGUUUCAUCGAAGGCCCUGAAUGUGCCUCAUAAUGACUAAAACGUGAUUUACUAUAGCCUCAGCACAGCACUCAUGAACUCGUGAAAUGAACCGUCCCCAGGAGUUUCCAAUAUGAGACGGGUUGUAGAUCGCCAGGAUGAAUCCUCAGCAGCGGAUUGCCGCUCUCGGAACAGACAAGGAAUUAAGUGACCUGCUGGAUUUUAGUGCGAUGUUCUCUCCACCUGUAAGUGGAGGUAAAAACAGGCCCACCACACUUGGAAGCAGUCAGUUCAGUGCAUCAGGUAUGGAUGAGCGGACCAACCAAGCGUCUUGGGCCCCAGGUGGCGAGUCCAGCCCUUCCUACGAGUCCGCCCGGGGUUUUGCAGACAGCCCUCAUUACGGUGAUCAUUUGAGUGACAGUCGAUUAGUGCCCCAUGAAGGAUUGUCUCCGACACCUUUUAUGAACUCGAACAUAAUGGGUAAAUCAGAGAGGGCUUCAUUUCUUGGCUACGGGAGGGAUCCUGGAGCAUCUGGCUGCCAGUCUUCUGUAAGGUCAGACAUUGGGUUGGCGAGUCCUGGUCAGUCAGUGACUACAUCAGGGAAGUCAGCUGCUCCGUUCUACUCCUUCACUACGGCCAAUCCCAGAAGACGUCCUCUACAAGAUCCUCCGCCCAUCGAUCCUCUACAAACAAAAAAGGUUCGCAAGGUCCCUCCUGGCCUGCCUUCAUCUGUGUACGCACCGUCUCCAAACUCAGAAGACUUCAACAGAGAUUCACCUUCUUACUCUUCUCCUAAACCCUCCAGCAGUAUGUUUGCAAGCACUUUCUUUGAUGGUACCCACAGUUCGUCUGACCCGUGGAACUCGUCCAAUGGGAUCAGCCAGCCCGGCUAUGGGGGAAUGCUCGCAGGAUCUUCAUCUCACAUGCCACAGUCAGGAAACUACAGCAGCCUGCACUCACACGACCGUUUGAAUUACCCUGCACACUCAGUCUCUCCAGAUGUCAAUGCCAGUCUUCCUCCCAUGUCCAGCUUCCAUCGAAGCAACACCAGCACUUCACCAUUCGUCACCGCAGCGCACACCCCGUCCGUCAACACAGCCGAUGGGCCGAUCAUGGCUGCUGCAAAUCGGGGGAACGCCACUGGAAGCUCACAGACUGGAGACGCACUAGGAAAGGCUUUAGCCUCGAUUUACUCACCUGACCACACUAGCAGUAGUUUUCCAUCCAACCCGUCGACACCUGUGGGUUCUCCUUCACCUCUGACAGCCACAGCAGGCGCUGCCUCAGCAGGUACCGUGGUGACUGCUGCCGGCACCCCGUCUGGAAGGCCAGGUACCAACCAGUGGCCCCGCACAAGUGGACAUACCCCAUCCUCUCCAAAUUAUGAGAACUCCCUUCACUCACUGAAAAACAGAGUUCAUCAGCAGUUACAUGAGCAUCUCCAGGAUGCCAUGUCUUUCUUAAAGGAUGUCUGCGAGUCUCGAAUGGAGGAUCGUCUGGACAGAUUGGAUGAUGCAAUCCUUGUUCUGAGGAACCAUGCAGUGGGCUCCACGGCCAGUCUGCCCAGCGACAUACACAGUCUGCUGGGACAGGCACAAAAUGGGCCAAUAGCAGCCAUUGGAGCAAACUUCCCUGCAUCUGCAUUGGUUCCGAGUCGGACAGCAGCUAUGCAGGGUGGUGCCCACGCUGACGAUGCUGCCAGCCUGAACAACAGCCAUGGAGGACUGCCCAGUGCCGGCUCCACAUCCAGCGCAGAACUCAACCACGCAGUGGAAACAUUCAGAGGUCUUGCUGCAGGCCUGGCUAGCCAGUUGCCUAGCACCCUGGAGCUGAAGGUGGAGAAACAGGACAAGGACGACAUGCACGACAGCCUCUCCACAGAUGACAAGUCUGAUGACGAGAGCGAUAAAAGAGAUAUGAAGACACCCAGAGCAGGCACACGCACAAGGUGGAUUUCUUCUCCCUGCCACAGUAUCACUGAAGACGAGGAGCUGAACCCGGAGCAGAAGGCUGAACGAGAGCGCGAGAGGAGGAUGGCUAACAACGCCCGUGAACGCCUGAGGGUGCGAGACAUCAACGAGGCCUUCAAGGAGCUGGGUCGCAUGUGCCAGCUGCACCUGAAAAGCGAGAAGCCUCAGACUAAACUGCUCAUCCUCCAUCAGGCUGUGGCUGUCAUACUUAGCUUGGAGCAGCAAGUCAGAGAGCGGAAUUUGAACCCCAAAGCAGCCUGCCUUAAGAGAAGGGAGGAGGAAAAAGUGUCUGGGGGCUCCAGUGACGCCCAGCAAGGCCACACAGGAGUCCAUCCAGGCCUGACUGACACAUCCAACCCCAUGGGCCACCUUUGAGCAGCAGACAGAUCAAAGUGAUGCAGAUCAUUUCUGUCCCGUUUUGAGUUGGUGACCUUGCUUCCCAGUGACAGACAGGACUCACAUUUUGUGACACCAAUUGGAGGAGACAGACCACUCGAAGCAAAACCACAAGACUAACACAAUCCAAUCCUAAGACUGAGGUAGAGCCAAGCAUCUAGCUCCCUGUGACCAGUUUCCAUCUGCAAAUUUCUACCCACAAAGAAAAAUCUUCAGCACAUAUCACUGUCUGCAAGAAGUGUGUGGCUUCUGAACAAUCAGAGACUUCGCAAUCUCCUCAAACCGUAUGUGGAAAUUGCCUUGUGCCUAAACUGAAUUGACGAAUGCAUUGUAACAGCAAUUGUUUUUGUUUGUCUGUUUCUUUUUUUUCUAUUUAUUAUGUUAUUGAGCUAUAAAGUGUAUGUCUAAAGGGAAAGUUAAGUAAGUUCAAAGAGAAGUAUGUGGCUUUUCAGUUGAUCUAUAGUUUGCCAGUGUCACCAUUAAAACUUGAGCACUCCACCCUGCUAAAUCUUUGGCUAGUCCAAGAUAAGGGAAAAAUAUUUGGGCACUGAAAAGAUUGAGAUUAAUUUAUUGGCCAGUUUAGAGUGAUAUUUAUACCCAACUGAAAAUGAUCAUUAGCUGUUAGAUCUGAAAGACUAAAGCACCCCAUUUAAAAAAAAAAAAAAAGAGGAUAUAUUAUUUAUAUUUAUAUUUUAUUCGUUCUGCCACUGGCCACAUCUGUAACCAAAACUACCUACGUCUGUUUCUGCAUAGUUUAGAUCAGUUUCUGUACUACUGACCAGUGGAAUAAUAGGCCCGAGUACAUUAGCAUCAACAAUAUUGUCUAUAUAGGUGACAGACGAGUGGCAAACUCUAGCUUUACUGAAAGCUCAGAUUUAGUUGUGUUCUUUUUUUCCUCUGUAGUGAGCAGUGAAAACACAGAGAGCAAACUGUUUGCAAACCUUAGCAUUCCCUUCAUAUUUUUAGUGUCUUAACGAAAGGAAAAGUGGACUUUACUGCCCUUCGGUUCCUUUGCCAUAUAGUGUUAAAUGUAAGCGGUGACAUAUUUUUGCAGAUUCUUAUCUUUGUUUAGCCUCCUGACAGUUACAUGCUCCUGACGUCAGCACAGAAGUGGCUUGUGUUUUUUGUCAUUUUUCUGCCACCAGCUAAUCAGAGAUUGCUUAACGAAGAAGUAGUUUAAAAUGAAAAAACGACGACCACACUUUCUCCUGGCCUGAUGAAGAUACCACUUUUUUUUUUCCAGUUUUCUUUGUUAAUAUCUCAAGACAUUAAAUUUCAAAAACAGUUACUCUGAGUAAAAUUUAGUUAUGCUUAUUUGUGUUGUAACAAGUCCUUCCUUUAGACUUCCAGCAUUACAAUGUCCAGUUUCAGUCAGCAGAGAGAACUUCUAAGUUAUUUUUCAGUUAUGUUUUCAUGCAAGCCGUGAUAUACUCAAUACAGUAAGCCAGACUAGAUAUUUCAUGGAUAUCAUACAACUGUAGCACAAUAAUGAACAAAAGCAGUUAACAGGAUUUUUCUUUUAUGUUUCAAGACAUUGGUCAUGGUUUUAUUUUGUUUUUCCCUAUCAGUGUGCAUGCUUUACAUUUCUCCUUUUAUUAAGUCUUUGGUCUUAAGACUUGCUUUAUAUUCCAUUUAUUUCUUUGUAUAUUGUCUUCUAUCAUUAUCUACACCUUAAACAAGGCUGCCACAUUCAGAAUGAGUAUUCUGUACAAAAAGGGACUUAAAUUAGAAUAAAGGAUGCCACGCCAAGAGUUUACAUUAAAGAUUUAUGAUUUAACAACUUUGUUUCAAUGAAAAAAACCUAAACAGUUGUUGUGUAUUCUCUGACUGAAUGUGGCCUUGUUCUUCAUUUCAGUAUUCACAAGCUUGUAUUCAUGUUGGCAGACUUUGAUUGAGGGUAUAAUGUACGCCACUUCCUGCUCUCUUACCUUCAUUUUUAAAUUUCCUGUUCUUCCUAUAUUUCUUUGCUCCUCUGUUUGCCAAGUUAGACUUUGCUGUAUUCCCAGAUGCUUUCCCUUGUAUAAUAUAUGAAAAAAAAAGAAAAUCAAAAGAAAAAAAAACAUUUGGCUUAUUUUUCACUGUAGUUAGUCUUUUAUACAAUAAUACUGUAAGAAUAUUUCUUGAAUUCUAAAUAUUACUCUUUCUAGAUUUUUGAAAGCAAAAGUUUUGAGUAAAAAGUUUCUUACUUUAUUUUACUAUAUUAGAUAGUAAAAUGUACGGUUAUUUACCAUAACCUGUCCAUUACUACAAGAAAUUUACAAAUGGCAUCUCAAGAACAUAGAUGAAUUGUUGCUCGUAGUCUAGUACUUAAAAAGGCUUCGUACGAGCUCCAGAUCCCUAAAAGUGCGACCUCCAUCCUAUUCUUCAGAGUCCGUUGUCGAUUGAUAAAAGAUUUGUUCUUGUGUCAAAUGAAAAAGGUAUUGUCGAUGCACAUCAUCAAAAAAAACUGCAGCAACGAGAAUUUGAAUUUUCUGUCUUUUUCAACAGAGAAACACAAUGUAUAUAACAUUUAUGUUGCAAUAAAUGUGCCAUCUUUUUUUAAACUCAGUUGUAUGUGCAUUUAUUUCUCUCACUGAGCAAACAUGUUUGUUUUUGUUUCUUUUGUUUCUCCAUAUUUACAUUUUCUCCUCUCCAUAAAGUGUUAUUUUAUGAAAAGGCACAGGAAAGAUGAAGUAGAGACAGCUCAGAAACAUGGGGGUUCAUUUAGAGUUCCUUAUUGUUUCUUGCUUUCUUUCUUUUGUUUGUUUGUUUGUUUGUUUGUUUUUUAAGACAUUUCUACAGUGGAUUUAGGCCAAAUGAGUGUUUUAUAGUAUGUAACUCAUUUUUGAAAAUAAUGCCAGUGGACCAUUGUAGUCUGUAUGAAAAGUACUAUGAAUAUAUGUUUCUAUUUUUAAUAAAGUGUGAUAGCAGCGUACUGUA